UUCAAUCAGCUGAACAUUGUUGAUUUUUCUGAUAAACAAACAUGAUGAACUUCAGGUGAUUGAUUUGUGAUCAGGUCGCUAAUGUCCAGUCACACAGCUGCUUAACUCGCCUUUCAAUCAUUAAUGUUCAGUCAUGUAUUCUCUGCUGCCCACUCGUCUGUCGACUCUGUUCCUCAUCCAGUCCUCCCUCCCUCCAUUCGUCCCUCCAGUCCUGUGUUGGUCCCUCCGUCCAGGGGUUCGUUGCCUUCAGACUGUAACUACACAUUUCAAGGGAAAUCCUCUUUUCUUUGGGCUGUAAUCCUUUAAGAACUCUCACCAGACUCCAAAUGAAUAUUUCCCAACUGUAGAGUAGAAGAGCGGCAGAUUUCUACAGAAGCUCGGCGCCGGAGCAGGAGAACGCUGAAGUUCGGACUUGUUGCUGUCGUUGACAUGGGCUUCACCGACCUGUUGGACGAGGUGGGCGGCUUCGGACUAUACCAGUGGCUCCAUGUGACCUUGAUCAGUUUCCCGGGUUUGAUGAUGGCAAGUCAGAACCUGCUCAACAACUUCGUCUCAGGAAUCCCGGACCACCACUGCAGCCUGCCGGCCAAUCAGAGCCUGCGCAACUUGUCGCUCACCUACCAGGUGGAUGAGAAGCAGCUGCUUAAAGUGUUCAUCCCUCCAGAUCCUUCCGUAAACAGGCUGGACCGCUGCAGGAGGUAUGUGGAGCCUCAGUGGCAGCUGUUGGGCUCGAACAGCUCGGUGAACGUCAGCGAGCUGCAGACUGAAGGAUGCAUGGACGGAUGGACUUAUGACCGAGCUGAGUUCUCAGCCACAACCGUUUCUGAGUGGGACCUGGUGUGUUCGCUGCGUCCUCUCAAACAGAUGAUUCAGACCAUCUAUAUGGGCGGAGUCUUGACGGGAGCCAUCAUCUAUGGCGGCCUGUCAGACAAGUUUGGUCGGCGGUCUGUCCUCAUCUGGUCUUACCUGCAGCUGGCCGUGCUCGGCUGUAGCUCCGCCCUCUCGCCGUCGUACACCGCUUACUGCAUUUUCAGAUUUAUAAGUGGGAUGGCGGUAUCUGGAGUCAUCCUCAACGGAGUCUCACUAAAGGUGGAGUGGAUUCCAACUAAAACCAGGACACUAGUGGGCACGCUCACCUCCUUCUUCUUCACGUUUGGUCAGAUGAUUCUGGCGGGACUUGCCUAUUGGCUGAGAGACUGGAGGAAGCUGCAGGUGUUCGUCUGUGCACCUCACUUCCUGUAUUUUGCCUACAGCUGGUGGUAUUCAGAGUCCGCUCGUUGGCUGGUGCUGAACCGUCGGUCUGAGGAGGCAUUAAAAAGUCUUCACCGAGUUGCUCGGAUCAACGGAAAACCAGAGAUGAUCAACAAGCUGACGUUAGAGGUGCUCCACUCCCACAUGAAAAAGGAGAUUGAGUCGAGCCGUUCGUCGUUCACAGCAUUUGAUCUGUUGAAGACUAAAGGAAUAAGACGUAUCUCCAUCUGUCUGGUUGUUGUCUGGUUUUCCACCAGUUUUGCAUACUAUGGUUUAGCGAUGGACCUACAGAAAUUUGGGGUAAAUAUUUACCUGAUGCAGAUCAUCUUUGGAGCCGUAGAUAUUCCUGCCAAACUGCUUGCUCUGGGCAUGCUCAGUUACCUGGGGAGAAGGAUAUCUCAGGUUUCCUGUCUUUUCCUGUCGGCUGUCAUCAUCUUCGCCAACAUCUUUGUCCCCCAAGACAUGCAGACCCUCAGGACCACGCUGGCCUGUCUAGGUAAAGCCUUCACCUCUGCCUCUUUCACCACCGUCUACCUGUACACCGGAGAACUCUACCCAACUGUCCUCAGGCAGACAGGAAUGGGCUUUGUCUCCACGAUGGCAAGAGUCGGCAGCAUGGCGGCCCCAGCAGUCCUGAUCCUGGAUGAGGUACUUCCUGUUCUACCCAGUAUAGUGUAUGGGGGUGCCGCGGUGCUGGCUAGCUGCUUUGCCUGUUUCCUGCCGGAAACGCUCAACAUGCCUCUGCCCGACACCAUCGAAGACGUGGAGGAGAAAUGGUCUGGAAAAGGCUUCGCCUCUCGAUUGAAAGAGGGGGCGUCACUGAAAGAAGGCAUGGUUUCUUCAGAUGGGACCGCCGCCUCAAAGGAAGCUAUUGCUUUAAAAGAACUGAAGGACACAGAAGGGACUGGCCUCAACGCACUCUGACCAAUCAGAUGCUGCCAUGUCAGAGUCAGAACAGCCACCCUGACCUUCCACCAAUCGCACACGUGGAGCUAAAUGUUGUCCUCUGUCCUUAAAAGAUGCAUUUUACUGUAAGCAAAUUUUAAACUUUCAAAAUCCAUAAAUUCAGGAAAUGGAUUAUAAAUUGAUUAGAGGUGAUUGAUCGACAGCAGCAGGAACUGUUUUAAAUGACCAAACAUGUUCAACUUUUGUAUAUUAAUAAAAAGUCAAUACCAGGUGAAUGUGAGAGUAACUCUAAAUGUUCUGAUCACAGAUGAAGCGAUUAAAAAGUACAUAAAAAUAUGAAUAAACUGAGCUUGUUUUUUAUUUCCUGGGUUUCGACUGUCAGGUUGCAUUUCUCAAUGCCCUCAUUGUUCAGAAUUUUGUUUUAAAUUUCAGAAACUGGGUGAUGAAGUGUUUCGGGUAAUAUUUUAUUUUGUCCUAUUCUUCCAUUUUCUGACAUUAAGGCAUCUUACCUGCAGAACUUUGAUUCUGAAAACCUGUUUCUUCUUGAGAUCAUACCUAUUUAAACAAUAUUUUCACAGUACAAACCGGAUUUAAAUUAAAAUAUGUGCAGUAUUCAUUUCUGAUUGGACAGCACAGACUGAC